AUGUCCAUGUUCCGUGUUAUGCUCCCUCGCACCUCGCUUGCUGCGCGCGUGGCGAGGCCUGCACUGCCCAUGCCCAUGCGUGCGCUUUCCACGCAGAACAUCUACUGGAAGGAGAACCGCGCGGCGGCAGAAGAGUUUGUUGGCGUGCGCGAGCACGCUGCCGAGCACGCUGCAGGUUCUACUCAGCUCUGGCGCAGGGUCACUGUUUACAUUCUUGCACCGCUCUGUGUUGUUUUUGGCGUCUACAUGUACCGCAUCGAAUCUGCACACGCCGCGCACCACGAGCACGAGCUCGAGGAGAACGGUGGAGAGCUUCCGGAGCGCCCUGACUAUGAGUACCUGAACAUGCGGGCCACGUCAUUCCCAUGGGGCCGCCAGACGCUUUUCUUCAACCCGAAAGUGAACUACCCUGCCGGGGAAGCGUAG